CCUCAAGUCUUCAAAAAAGAAAUGCACGUACAAUCCUCAGGAGAUACACUAUCGCUGCUAAUACAUAACUAUCGAAUCCAUGACAGAUCAACCAGAAAUGAUAUAUUUUCAUCUUCAUCGGCUGGUGGAACGAGAGAUUAGUAAAGUCGCGGACGGAUCGACAGAAUCUGACAGUACACUCUCGCAUCCUCCAUCUGAGCUUUCAGUUGGAGCUGUCCCCGGUGUGGUGCAAAGUCGAAAAUAUCGCAUCAAGCUAGCCCAGAUGCUCUCCAAUCUUGCUACACCAGAAGUUUCAAGUGCUUACGAGAAUAAGAUAUAUGACGCGAUUACUAAAGACGAACCUCAAGUCGCGCGUUUGAUAAAGAUCAUACUUGGCUCAGAGGAAGAAAAGACGGCUGCAAUGGCUCUGAAAGGACAAGAGGCAGACCUGUUCAUGGACGCUCUAGAGGAUAUAAUGAGAGAUACAAGCUUUCUCCGUGAAUCUGAGCAACUCGACGCUCGUCGUUUCCUGAUCAGUCUUUCGAAGAUCUCGACGAAUCUUCCUCAAUAUAUGUUCAUUGAUGGCGUCGCUUCUGUGAAAGACAAGAACUCGUAUGGAGGAACUUUUGGCGAUGUGUAUCGUAGCACGUACAAAGGGAAGCCCGUUGCGCUGAAGCGGCUACGGCACUUUCAGCUUGAGGAAAGCCAUCGUAUAUAUCAAAGAUUCUGCAAGGAAGCCCUCAUUUGGCAACGGCUCUAUCACAAGUUUAUCUUACCGUUUCUUGGUAUCGACGCAGAGAACUUUCCUCGCCAACCUUGUAUGGUGUCUCCGUGGAUGGCGAACGGGACUAUCACACAGUUUCUAAAACACAACCCCAAAGCGAACAUUGAUAAGCUGCUAUUCGAAAUCUCUCAAGGUAUCCAUUAUCUGCAUUCGCAGAAUAUCGUCCAUGGUGAUAUCAAAGGAGUAUGGAAUGUUUCAACCUACCUUCUGACGCUCAAUAACUUGUAUUCUCAAUCCCAGGGUAAUAUCUUGAUCGAUGAAUCCGGACAACCUCGACUGGCAGACUUCGGUUUGACCAUAUUUGCUGACGGUACCCGACACAAUACCACGGAUCAGGGAGGCACUUUACGAUGGAUGGCACCUGAACUUUUGUAUCCUAUUCCUGGGAUUGAGUGCUACAAGCGUACAACGGCCAGUGAUGUGUAUGCGUAUGGUUGUCUUUGCAUUGAGGUAUAUACAGGUCGAGUACCAUUCGCGGAUGUUCGCAGCGAAAUCAUGGUUCUGGAGAAGGUCUUGAAAGGCGAGCGUCCUGAACGUCCAUUGGGAACCAACGCCAUGACAGACGAGUUAUGGAACUUGAUUAACGCUUGCUGGAAACAUGAUCGUGCCUCACGACCGAAAAGUGGACUCGUGGUGGAUCACUUGAAGCACAUCCUACGACGGUCUGCUACUGAUCCCGCCGUCUUACCAUUUGUGGACCCUCUCCCACCACCUACAGCUUAUUCUUAUACCUCGCCCUCAACUGCAAGGUACUUCACCCCGUUCAGCCAGACUUUGACUAUGUACAGAGCGCCAACUCGUACUAGACCUUUAGAGGAACAAGCGGCAGUGUUGAGAUCCUUAAAGCGGAUCCGUCGACAUGCAGAUCCAGGCCGAAUGUACCACGAACUGAAGCUUACAUCUACAAACUCCUCAAGCAGCUCUCCACUCAAAAAUUAUGCUGCUCGAAUAAAGGAUACGAACUCGAGGGUUGCUAUCAAACAGCUGGAAAUAUCCCAACUAGAUACCAAUACGUUGACACGUCUGGCGGAUGAAUUCAAUGAUAUGCGGUUCCUACACCACCCAAACGUCAUUAACUACAUAGACCUAUUUCAACAUGAGAAUCACGUAUGGGUAGUACUCGAAGACCUUUCGAAUCCGCUUUAUCUAAAGAAGGUGAUCGUUGCCAAUCUCAACAGAGAUGCGGGAAUGAAAGAAUCUUUCAUCACUACCGUUCUGCGGAAUGUUAUUCACGCAGUUCAUUACCUUCAUCGACAUCGAAUAAGUCAUGGGAGUAUUAAUGCUGAGCAAGUGCUCCUUAGUUACGAUGGGCAUUCGAUACUGGUUCGAUUAAAAUUAGCAGCCAUGAUUCCAGAUCCAGAUGUCUACUCUAGAGCUAGGCGGCGUCCCCCAGGAUUCAAUGAACAGACACGCUUCGAAACCGAUAUUUGGGACUUGGGAUUUUUAGCGAUUGAAAUGUUUGAUAGCGCAAUGUCGCUGGAUUUCGAAAGUCCAGAACUGCUGCAUGAUUUCGAAAUCAUGAAACCUCCUCCUUCUCAUUCGUUGUUGAGCUUUGUGCGAGCGACGAUGCGUGAAAUACCUUCUGAAAUACCUUCGAUUUCCGCCUUAUUCCAGCUACCAUUCUUAAAGAAAUAGCAACAAAAAUCGAAAUACGCAGCGGACAGAUUUAUGUAGUAUAUUCGAAGGCUUGCUGCCACAAUACUCUGGAAAAAUCUCACUGUAUAUAAUACCUCCUGGGACUUCAUCAACUCAUCUACAUAACUUGCAUCUACGUACAUGGAAUAUAUUUUACUAUGAACCAGCUGUUGGCUAACUUGAAAGUAGAUAUAAGUGAGGGCAAGGUUUCUUCAUUCGUGGCGUUCAGUUCGCCGUCUUUGGACCAUGUCGUGUCUGUUAAGACGUAGUCGGAUGGCGGUGUUCUCAACGCACAACCCUCUCACAGUCUGAUUCUAGAGACUUCGACAGCAGUAGUAUAUGAAUCUCGACAUGCAUAGAGAACUCAUCCGUGGAGCCGCUGAGCUGUGCGCGACUCGGGGGGCGACUCGACUAGUGCUGUUGACGGACACUGUAUACAGUAUGUUGCCGUUCCGAUCACUGUGCCCACGUGAGGAAGGCGAUGACCC